GCGGUCGCGUUGCCACGGUAACGGCUUUCCGAGUAAAUUUUUCCGUAUUCGUUUGGUUUGAAAAUGUGUUAAUAUACAAGUGACAGUUGAUGGAUUGGAAUAUGAGCAAUGGUUUGUGUACAAAUGGAAUGGCUCUAAAAAGUAGAAGCGGCGUGUGGGCAGCGGCCAUGGCGAGAUGAGCGCGCCGCUGUCUGCCGCCGAGGCGCUUUCCUCUCUGCUGUGGCAGCCCUACGAUUGUCGUUCUCCGCCUCUUGCGCGAUCACGAACCGAUGGCGCUCUCUCUGGAAUUCAGGGCUGUCAAGGCAGCCCUACGCGCGUGUGGUUUAUCGCGGGGGACGAGGCAUGCCAGUCGCCGAACGGCGGUCGUCAUGCGCGCGCGUCGUUGUCAAUAUUACCAGAGAUGCGGCUGCCAGUGCCGGCGCCCGCUCCGUUGCGAAAAUCCGACUCAGUGUCAGUGCGCGUACCUGGCGAGCCCAGUCAUGUGAACAUAGUGCAAGUUUCGCCAUUAAAUGUAAACAGUGCCGUGCAAACGGAAGCCGAGAGGAAUGUCGUGAGUGCCGAGUGCCAGACUGAGGAGCCACGACGGCGGCGAGCCCGCCGGAGCAGGGCUCCGCGGGCCCCAGAGGAAGCCCUGCCUCCACCUCCAUACAGCACGCUGCCUCCCGUACACCCUGUGUGUCCUGUGCCCGUACCCCAGGUACCGGCACCCAUCGUUGCCCCACACCCACCAGCACAUCGGUUCCCUUUUCAACCAGUUCCACUAAGCAGAUCUGGCAGAGGUGCAGCCUACGCGUGUUCAGAGGCGGAAGGAAAUGCUCCAAAGUCGUGCUGUGGACGCCCACCAUUAAGGCUCUGCGUGCUCUUCUUGGGGGUAGUUGGAGCGUGCUUGGUGGCAGCUGGUGCCACCUUGGGAGCUUUAAGACCCCAUCCGACACCACUCACAUUGAUACUGCUUAUGAUAGGUAUUGGCGUGGUAUUAGUGACAGCAGCAGGUCUGGCGUGGCGUCUCGGUGCCCGUGACGCCCCAUGCGCCCUGUUCGGUAUCCGAAGGGCGUCAUGUCGACGGCUGGUCCCACGUCUGCCUCCAAGUUACGCCAGACCCCAUCAUCCGUAUGCCGCAAUGCUGUACCCAGAGUUUCACUAUCGGCCGCCACCACCCACCUAUCAGGCGUCCAUGCAAGAAUAUAGACUCAGGCUACUUCUCCUAGAUAGAAGUGCUCCAGUGGUGUCGCCACCUCCGACCUACCGGUCAAACUCAGCAAGUCUAGUCAGAGGUUCGACGGGAGCCGGUUGGUGCGGCUCUGAAUACAGCGGUCCACCGUCCUAUCGCACGCCUCGUACAGACCCACCGGCCACGGAUAAUAUUCCCACAAUCACCACAGACCUGAAAUAUACAAACGACAUAGAACCAACGAGAAUAGAGCCACAAGAACAAGAGAAGGAUCCAGAACAUCUCGUCACAAUAGUUCAUACAGACGCUCAGCCUGUCAUUGUGACAGUUUCUGGGUCCACAGCGUUAAAUGAGUCUCAGGUUCCACCUUCAGAAAUUGAUAUACUAGCGCACUUAUAACGAAAUGAACGAGAAUGAACGAAUAGUGUUGUGAACGAACGCUGAAUGAAGUGAUUUAUUGGUGCCCUAUUGUUCUUAAUGGUUUAUACAUAGAUUGGUUUAUUUGUAGUUAAGAUUGUGAAUGCUAUGUAUGUUUAAAUUCAAAUUGCAGGCACGCUGUUUUUGGUUGGGUAGUUGGCAAAACAACAGCACGUUGUCACGUUAAGCCCCUCUAUAUUAUUAUAUUUUCAUAUAUUUCAAUUGUUUUCUUGAAACUAUUUUAAGAAAGGGCAUUAUAUCGAUUUCAAAAUAAUGUAUUAAAAAUUAUUAUACGGCUAGUCGUGAGCUUUGACAGUUUUAGUUUCAAUAAAUAAUUUUAGGCAAACGCAGUGUUCACGUAUGUUUUAGAGAAUUUUUAUCACAGACAUACAUAGCAUUUACAAUUCUAUAUAUUGCACUAUCAAUCGUACCUUAUAUAGUUAUAACUUGUAAAUAAAGGCUUUGUUUCAUAAAAUUAAUGUGCCGUGUAUAUAAGUUAUGUUAAUACAUACUUAGUUGUAAUAAGACGGAGAUAUAAGAACAAAAUACCAAAUCUCACCACAAUGUACAAUUUGUAUUGUUAUUAGAGUGCCUCGUACCAAUGUUUAAUAAUUAUUUCUUUUGUAUAUAACACUGUUUUUCAUUAGAUAAUUUAAAAUUUUCGAAUACGAACAAUGGUUUAAAGAUACGACUUGUUUAUGGUUUAAAUAUAUCUGUGCUUUUAAACGUAUAAAUUUAUAAUCUGUACAAUAACUUCUCUUGUGUAGUCUGCAGGUUUGCCAUUACAAAAUAUGCUUAUAUUUAUUAUCUGCAAUUUAUUAAAGAAUGAGGAUUGAAAGUACCUAAGAUUCAUUAAUAUGGAGUUUAGUUUAAUAGAAGUUUUACUAUCGUACUGUGUUAUUAUUUUAAUGUAAUAAAUAAAAGAUUUCAGAUAUUAGAAUUUUAUCAAAUUAACAAGUAAUAUAAACAACAUUAUUAGAUUUCUGAACGAUAAAUAAAUAAACAUCAACUAAUUAAAUGUGUCCGUUAUGAUUUCAAAUUAACGAUUAAAUAAGAAAUGCAUUUUUGAACAUCAAAGUUUUUUGUCUUGUCUUUCUGAACCGUUUAUCUUUGUUUAUAAUUGCAAUAUUAUUAUUAGUUUAAGGAUUUUUUAACAAUAUAAUUACCUUUUAUUUAUAAAGACAUCAGUUUAAUUACACUGUUCUAAUCUAGAAUUCAUCGGUCUUCUGUCACAUUUAUUCACGCUAUGUUGAAAAGAGACAGGUUCAGUUUAAAUAGUGUGGUGAAACUGAUUUAGUUUUUAUGAAUAAGGGGGUUAGUAUCUAAUUAUGUAACUAAUAUUUUGUAAAUAAUGUUAUCUGUAUUAUAAGAAAAACAAUAAAAGAUUUUAAGUU